AUGAGUGCUGGUGGGCAUUGGAGCCCUAAUGGGAACUGGGUGCCCGAGAAACAGAGAGAAACUCCAUGGAGAGAACACCCAAAUUUCAAAUGGUCAGAUCAGAACCAGAGUCAGCCACCACCACCAGUUAGCACGUAUCAACAACCACUUGCUAUUACCUACCAGCAACCACCGGCCAUAACUUAUCAACAGCAGCCGGCUAUCAGUUAUCCACAGCAGCAUGAGGAGCAACCCCAAUGGCAGAAUCGGAACCACGAAGGGCAGAACAACUGGAACAACAAUAGGGGACAGGAAAAUCAGCCGCACUGGCAGAACAUGAAUCAGAACAAUCAAAUGGUCUCCUAUGUUCCACCGCAUCAGAGAAGCUACCAGAAUCAGAAUUCAAGUGUUCCCUCGCAACAACAGGGAAAUCAAUGA